ACAUCAGCUGCUGUGGCCAAGAUGGCGCAUAGCCUGGCAGAGGUGGAGGUUCCCCUGGACGCUGACCGCGCCGGGGACCACGGGAAGGGGGUCCCGAGGCGCUGCAGGGGACGGCCCAGGCUCACGGACUCCGACCGAGCUCAGAGGCGUCUCGAAUCCCGAAAAAAGUACGACGUGAGGAGGGUGUACCUGGGAGAGUCUCACAAGCUGUGGAGUGAGCUCCGCAGGCGGACCAGCCUGAGUGAUGCCGGGCUGGCAGAGUACCUGAUCCUGCUCAACUCCACCUAUGGAGACAAGUACCAGCAGAAGUACUGCGGGAAGAAGACUGCUCCAGAAGGCUCGGCGAAACAGAAGAAAGGCAGGAAGGAGCAAGUCUCCAGCCUCCAGAGCCUGGUGUGUUGGUAUCAGGACCAUUCCCGCUCCUGUCCUCAUGAGCCCCAGCUCAGAGCCUUGGAGCCCCAGCCCAACUUCUCCACCGCUGCCAUCUGGCAAUGUGACUGUGACCACUCAUUUGUGCAAUACCUUUUCUCACCGCCGAGGGAGGCAAGCGACUCGGAGCACGAAGCGGAAGUAAACGGAGAAGGCGGCGGAGAGAGUGCAGCAAAAACAGACGUGCCCGCGGCAAAAGGCGUUGUGAGCAGGAAGAGGAGAAAGGAGGCUCACAAACAGUUCAAAGAUGUGGAGGAAAAUGUGGAUGUUUCUGAGGGACAGCAUAUCACCAUGAGCCCCAUAGAACAGGCUGCAGCUGUAAACCACCAGACCAGAAUAGAGACCUCUUCCAAGGAUGUUCCAUUGACAGGACAGCCUGCCUGGGAGAUGGAGAUGGUCAUGGAGCGACAGCAAGGCUCCCCCACUGCAGCAUUCCACUCCACCCCCUCAGAAGAGGAGGCAGAGGAUUUGCGGCGAGGCAGAGACGGAGGAGAGGAAGAGAUAAGGACUGUACCGCACAGUUACGAGUGUGUUACGGUGACGGCGUCUUUAGCUGAUAAACUGGUGAAGGCGGACGAGGACUCGGUGCUGUCGCAGAGCUCCAGUGGCUCAGUCGGAGUGGGAGCUCAGCCGGAUCUCUCAGUCCCGCCACCCACACAUGAGCAGAGCGAGCUGUUUGAUCCUCAGACUCUACAGACGGUGGUGACCAGCUGUGAGAUUCCUGACCAGAGGUCCACUUUAGAAGGCUCACAGUUAAUUAUAAUUACUGGACCCAGCUACGAGGCCCUGGCAUCAGAGGGCAUCCAGCUCAACAUGGGAGGUGGAAACGUAGAGGAAGUCACCUGCACUGUCAUCGGGGGUGUCACCUACAACCCUGUUUGUGCAUCGGACUCAAAACUCAGACCAGUCGAGGAUGAAGACUCCAUGACAGGUCUGAGCGACAAACAGCUGCUGCAGCCCACUGAUGACGCUUUGGAGCUGGGAAGUGACAGAGAGCUGCAGCGGAGUCUGAGCAGUGUCAGGUCAAAGAGAAACAGGCGAGGCCCCGUCAUCGAGGCAGACGGGAUGCUCAAGAUGUUCCACUGUCCGUACGAGGGCUGCAGUCAAGUCUAUGUAGCAAUCAGUAGCUACCAGAAUCAUGUCAACCUAGUUCACAGGAAGGGGAGGACCAAGGUCUGCCCCCAUCCAGGCUGUGGGAAAAAGUUCUAUCUGUCAAACCACCUGCAUCGCCACAUGAUCAUCCAUUCAGGGGUCAGAGAUUUCAUCUGUGAGACGUGUGGAAAAUCAUUUAAGCGCAAGAAUCACCUGGAGGUUCACCGGCGGACCCACACAGGAGAAACACCGCUGCAAUGUGAAAUCUGCGGCUACCAGUGUCGCCAGCGAGCGUCCCUCAACUGGCACAUGAAGAAACACACCCCGGAGGCCCACUACAACUUCACCUGCGAGUUCUGCGAGAAGAGGUUCGAGAAGCUGGAGAGCGUCAAAUUCCACAAGCUAAAGAGCCACCCGGACAAGCAGGCGACCUGAGGCACCCAGACACCGGAGUUAGGAAGCUGAACAAGUAUACAGGUUGGCCCCUGGACAACCCAAGGAAGACUUCUAGUGAAGAGACAGACUUUCCUUUGUUGUGUUGGCUGUCAUGUCCAGGAUGAUAUGAACAUCACCUGUGAACACACAUGCAGUGGAUGAAGUGGGCCAGUCUAAUAGCUGUGCAGAACACAGUGCAGGGCCCAAACAUGGCUUUUGAACAUAUUUGCUAUAAGCAGGAAAGAAAAGCUGAAUCCACGAUUGAUUAAUGAUGUCUAAUUGACCAUUUGUUAAACCCCCAUAGCUUCAUGACCAUAACUACACACAGCUUUGGUGCAUUCUCUUUAUGAUGACGUGGGCUGCGUGGCUGUGAGAGAGACAAAAGUAUAAAAUGGAUGAAACAGCGUGUUAUCUGCUCUAAUGUAGCAUGGCUGUUAAUUAGUUUAUUACCUGCCUUUGUAACCCAACAUUGCUUCCAGUGGUAGCAGUAUUUCAUGCCAUAUUAUUUGAUGGUGUUACAGGUUAUGGUUGAUAUUAGCACAGCCACUGUAAUGUCUCCCUGCUGUGCGGGAGCCGCUCGUCUAGGGUGAGGCUAACAUUAGUGGCUAAGUCCGGCUACCUGCUAAUUUUGUGAUGAAGUUUUACAUUCCAGCAACUCCAGCUCGAGCGGAGUCAACUUCACCAAACUCAGUUCCCCUUAAAACCCUGUUCUCUUCUAAUAUAAGUGAAACAUCCCCUUUAAACAUAGGAAUCCAAAUAAAACAUGUAUAAGCUAAGAAGCUAAUGUUCAGAGUUACUUUAGAACAAAAAGAGUCUGAACAUAUGUUUCUUUAUCAUAUUUAAAAUAAUAGGAGCAACCAGCUCUCCACUGCAAAACAAAAAAUAAUACUAUUCAUUUAUAACCAUCUCUUUUUGUCUGAGACUUUUAGCUUUAGCCUCAGUCUUUUCACCUUUGUAGCUGCGAAGUUCAUGUGAAUCGUUUUAUGACGUCCUCAUUUUAAUGCGAGUCUGUUUAAAACAUUCAAAACUCAAAUAAUGCCGCAUUUCAGCCAACUGUAGCUUAGUUAGCUAGCUAGCUAGCUUCUAAUAAUGAUGAUAAACACACAGUUGCAGGUUAGAAAUGAGAAGGCGGCUUUUUUUUCUACCUCUGUCUGAAAUGAAGGACCUAAAAAUCAGUCAGAUUUAUCACAGCAAGAGUAUCUAAAGGGGGGUUCACUGAACGGUCACUUACAAUAUUUUCCAUGAAACAUUUUUUCUUUGGUGAUUAAAGGGCACAUUGUUUGUAUUUAAUGAGUUAAAACAGACAGAAGUCUGGUACGGUCCAUGAAAAAAUGAAGUGUGACUUAAAUAUGACACCAAGACAGCUUGUUGAUGACAUAUUGUGGUUGGUAAAUAUUUAGAUACCGUUACAUACGUGUGUUCUAAUUAAGGCUGUGUAAUUGACCUCACUGAGGUGUGAGCUGUUGUUGUUACAAUGCCUGUAUACUGACAUUCUAUUUCUGUCAUUCUAAAACUGAGCAUCUGUUGUGUAGGCCACCGAGUCUCGAUCUUUCCUUUUCCUACACAUCUGCUCUCGUCACCCCAGUGUCCUGACUCACAGGCACCGAUGAAAAAGUCCUGUGAGUUUAAUGUGACAAUUUCUCAGGAAGGUUCACCUCAGUCCACUUGUGUUCUCGUGUUUUGCCUGCGUUUUAGUUUCCUAAGCAAAUGCACUUUUUCCUCUGCCUCUGCCAGUUUUGUUGACUAACGAAUCUCUAAAAUGAGAAUAUGACUCGUAUUUGUAUUGUAUCUUUUUGUGGAAGGCAUUUGUUUGUCACUGGUUAAUAAUAUGUAGCGUGUUCUCACCUCCAGCGUAAUGCGCUCAACAGUGUGUAUGUGUUUGUUAAAAAGGGUGGGUGUGCAUGGACGGUAAGAGUCAUAAAAUGACUUCACAUGACACUGAAGCCUUUCAGUUAGCUGAAUGUUGUUUGAAGAUAAGUCAUGAUUAAGAGCUCAAUUUUGUAUAUGAAGAGUGAAAUGUUACUGAAUAUAAAGUUCAUUUUGAUGAUUCAUUUGAAUAUGUAAUAAUUUAAGAAUUAAAUCAUUUUUAAUUUAAUAACAAAAUGCCACAUUGCCAUUAACAUGCUAUGAUUGAUCAUCUGUAUUCUGCUGCUUUCAUCUGUCCUCCGGCUGUGGCUCAGGAGGUAGAGCAGGUCAUCCACUAAUCAGAUGAUUGUUG